CCUUCUCCCCUAUGUCCAUCGUCCUCCCCACUCCCAGCUUCAUAUACCUGUCAAUGGCGCGCUCGGUGCGGCGGCCAGCACCCUUCUGUGGACGGCGCCGGCGCGCGGCCUGCUAUCCGCCCUCCCUUCUCUCUUCAAUCUGGUACACGCCUCGCAAUGGGUCCGCCGGCCUACACCGCUUCCCUUUCUCCUGGUUCUGCUCUCUUCUCCAACUCCCGAAUGCCGCCGCUGCCGCCGCGUCUUCUCCGGCCGGGCCUCGGGGUGCCGGGGAGAGGGGAGGUGGGGGUGUCUUCGGCCGCCGGAAGGUACGGCGGCGGCCGCCUCACCCCGCCGCAGGAGAAGCGCCGCCCCGCACCGCUGCAGGAGAAGCGCCGGCCCUCGGAGUCAUCCCAACUCACGGAACGGAAGCGGCAUUGGAAGGCGGGGGAGUUCCCGGGGUCCUCCGCCGGCAGGGACGGCGGCCGCCCCGCCCCACCGCCGGAGAAGCGGCACUGGAAGGCGGGAGAGUUCCUGGGCACCGCCGCGCCCCCCGACUCGAAAGCGUCGAGGACGCCCCUGAAGAACAUCAAGAAGCGGCUGGACGCCCGCGCGGACGCCAAGGCGUGGGCGUGCACCGCCACCGAGGCCCUCGCCGACAGCAUCAACUCAAAGAACUGGCGAGAGGCGCUGCAGGUCUUCGAGAUGCUCAAGGAGCAGCCUUUCUACCAUCCGAAAGAGGGCACCUACAUGAAGCUCAUCGUGCUGCUUGGCAGAUCAGGCCACGCCGCCCAAGCGCGCCAGCUAUUCGACGAGAUGCUGCAACAAGGAUGCCAACCCACCCCUGAGCUCUACACCGCCUUGAUUGGGGCCUACUGCCGCUGCGGCCUACUGGAUGAGUCACUCCAGCUCCUCACAGACAUGAAGGCCUCUCCACUGUGCCAGCCUGACGUCUACACCUACAGCACCAUCAUCAAGGCCUGUGUCGAUGCCAGCAGAUUUGACCUUGUUGAAGCUAUGUACAAAGACAUGGCUGAGCGCUCGAUAUCACCCAACACGGUCAUGCAGAACAUUGUCCUCAGUGGGUAUGGAAAGGCUGGACGGUUGGAUGACAUGGAAAGAAUGCUCUCUAACAUGCUCGACAGCACAACCUGCAAGCCGGAUGUCUGGACAAUGAACAUUAUCUUAAGCCUGUUUGGAAACAGGGGCCAGGUGGAAGCGAUGGAGGAAUGGUAUGAGAAAUUCCGAAGCUAUGGCAUCGAACCGGAAACUCGCACACUGAACAUUCUCAUUGGCGCCUAUGGGAAGAAGCGGAUGUACGAUAAGAUGUCUGCAGUCAUGGAGUACAUGCGCAAGCUAGCAUUUCCAUGGACCACUGCCACAUACAACAAUGUGAUUGAGGCAUUUGCUGAGGCGGGUGAUGCCAAAAACAUGGAACACACAUUUAACCAGAUGCGCUCUGAGGGGAUGAAACCAGAUACAAAGACCUUCUGUUGUCUAAUAAAUGGGUUUAGCAAAGCAGGCUUUUUCCAUAAGGUUGUGGGCAUGGAUAAGCUUGCUGAGAGACUUGGUGUGCCCACAGAUACAUCUUUCCACAAUGCUAUUCUUGGUGCAUGUGCAAAAGCAGAUGAUCUGAUGGAGAUGGAGAGGGUCUUCAUGCACAUGAAGCAUAAGCAGUGUGAUCCGGAUGCCAUGACAUACUCUAUCUUGGUGGAAGCUUAUCGGAAGGAAGGAAUGACUGACAAGAUUUAUGCUUUGCAUCAGGAGAACCCAACUUUGGUUCCAACUGAUCUUGUCAUGGUGUAACUGACUUGCUGACCGAAUAAUGGUUCAGACAUUUAAGCCUGUCUGCAUUGGUGGAAAACUUCCCUCCUGUCCCAGUUUGGAGUUGAUAAUGCAACCAAGUAGAGUGGCAGCCAUUCUCCAACUCCAUUUUGUCUGUUGGCCUGCAGAGUUAGUAUCUAUAUCUCCUGGCAACUGUAUUUCUGUGAACUCUGGGGGCUUCACUGUAUCAAUUGAAAUGUGACGGUAAUGUGUGUAGCUCUGAAGUCACACGGCUUGAAAGCUCCCAGCUUUUUAGAACUGUCUAGCUAUAUUUGUGAUUUAAACCACCUUAAAUAGCCAUAAAAUGGGGAAUAUAGUUGUUGUAGCUAGAAAAAUAUGAAAUUUUUACCAGCUUA